AUGAUGAGGAUUCACGGCGCAGCUAUGAGAUGCGUCCAGCUGCCCGCCCUUGUAGACUGCCACGUGCACUUCCGCGAGCCUGGCCUUGAGGAGAAGGGCGAUAUGCGGAGUGAGGCCGCGGCAGCCCACGCUGGCGGCAUUGGGGUUGUGUGUGACAUGCCCAACACAAAGCCACCCACGCAGACCAUCGCGGCACUCGCGGACAAGGUGCGCCGUGCCAAGGCUGUGGAGACGUUCUGCGACAUCCGCUUUUUUUUUGGCGCCACCGCGCACCAGCACCUGCAGGAGCUGGAAGCUUUAUGGACGCAGCCGCAACACUUGGCUCUCAAGUCUCGCUGUGCCGGGCUAAAGCUUUACCUUGACAACUCCACCGGGAACCUGAAGAGCAGUGCCGAUGUUACGGAGGCCGCCUUCGAGCUUUGCGGCAAGCUUGGUAUUACGCUCGUGGCGCACUGCGAGCAUGCGACGCACAAUGACGAGGCUUCUUCCGCACACCCAUACACAGGGCCGGCAUCGCACUCACUGCGGCGUCCAGUUGAGUCAGAGGCUGCCUCCGUUGCCUACGCCGUUGGUUUGGCCAGGCGUCACGGCACACGACUGCAUGUGGCCCAUCUUUCUACAGGUGACGGUCUGGACCUCGUCCGUAGGGCACGGGCAGAUGGAUUGCCUGUCACAUCUGAAGUUACUCCGCAUCACCUGUUCCUGACGACGGGGGAUUACAGCUGCUGCGGGUCACGUGUGAAGGUAAACCCCCCCGUGCGUCCCCCGGAGCACCACGAGCGGCUCUGGGAGGGCGUGUUGGACGGCACUGUGGACUGCAUCGGUACCGAUCACGCACCUCACACGCUGGAGGAGAAAAACGACACAACGAACCCGCCAAGCGGGAUGCCUUCUAUUGAGGUGGUUGUACCACUGCUCCUCACAGUUUGUGCGGGGCGCUGGCCGCACCCAACGGCCUCACGGCCGAAGGCACUUGAGGCACGAAGCCUGAAAUUGGAGGACGUUGUGCGGCUCAUGCACACUAACCCCAACCGCAUUUUUGGUCUGGGGCUAUCCGAGGCGGCCCAGCGUUCCUUCGACCUCUCCGCGGAGUGGGUUGUGGUGGAGUCGCAGCUGAAGUCCAAGUGCGGCUGGUCGCCGUACGCCGGCUGGCGUCUUGUUGGUAGAGCGAUUGAGUAA